AAGCUCCCCUCCGACCACCGCGGCGUGACCAUGGCGCGGGCGCUCACCUCCCGUGCGGCGGCGACCCUGUCCCAGCGUCUGUUGGCCCGGCCCGCGGCGGCGGCCCUGGGCGGCCGCCGCGCCAACCACACGCGGCGCCCGGGCGCGGGGGGCGCGAUGGUGCUGGAGCUGGACGCGGCGGGGGCGUCGCCGGCGACCGGGGAGGGCGCGGGCGCGCUCAAGCGGCGGCUGGAGGAGGCCAUCGACGGCGCCAUGGCUCGCAUGUCCGAGCCCGAGUGGGCGCCCUUCCGGCCCGGCACCUCCUACUUCGCGCCGCCCCGGCCCGCGGGCGCCGCCCUCGGCCUGCUCGAGCUCGUCACCCGCGGCGGCGGGAUCGGGGUGCUCCCGCCCAUGCUCUCCGACGACGAGGCCCGCGCCGUCGCCUCCUCCUCCCGCGGCUACCCCUGCUCCUCCUACUUCGUCGACGGACGCUUCCCGGAUGAGGAGGCGGAGGGAUUGGUAGAGGAUGCAGAUCUAGCCGAAGAGGAUUGAACUGGAACCGCUAGUUUCAUUGCACUUGGUGAAGUGGGGGAUCAAGAAAGACCCGUCUGUCUUAUGUUUUUAAAAUUACUUAUCUAUGGUUUCCGCUACUGUACAUAUGUAGAACACAUGGAUUCGUGGCCUUUCACGAGGAAAUAAGAACUUACUGAAUUCGUGUAA